UGACCCUGGCCUGUUUGUUGAGAGCUGCGUGUAUGACCUGUGUAUGUUUGGUGAGUCGGAUGACCUCAUGAUGGAUGCUCUCUGUAUCUCUCUGGACGAGUAUUCCCGGCAGUGCGCCCAAUUCAGCGUGGUCCUGGAAUGGCGAACAGAGGAGUUUUGUCCCAAGCAGUGCCCUGACAUCAUGGAGUACAGUGACUGCAGUAGCCUCUGCCCGGUCACCUGCGAGGCUCAGGACCCUGUAGAAUCGGCCAAGCACUGCCCAGCUGACUGCGUCUCUGGGUGCCAGUGUCCUGAGGGCACGGUCCUGGAGGGGGGACGCUGCAUCACGGCUGACCAGUGUCCUUGUGUCCAUAAUAGGGAGAAGUACCCGCCUGGAGGGACAGUACGGUCAAAAUGCAAUCUAUGCACAUGUGAGGGAGGGCUUUGGGAUUGUGAGCAGUCUCCAUGCCAAGCUACCUGCCAGUCAGUCGGUGACCCUCAUUAUCUCACCUUUGACAAGAGACAGUACAAUUUCCAAGGAGGAUGCCGCUACAUUCUAGUGGAAGAUUUUGUUGAGCAAUACCUGACUGUUCUGGCAGAGAACGUGGAGUGUAACAUGCGCUCCUCCAGAAAAGUCACCUGCACCAAAUCCGCAACUGUCAUUGUCAACGGAACCAACCCGAUAGACCUCAAGCAGAACCAGAUCGUGUUUGUUGAUGGCGAGGAAACCAUCCUGCCUUACACCAAUGGAGAGGUGGUAGUGCGAAGAGCAUCCUCUAAGUUCAUCUUCGUGGAGGGGAAUGGAUUCUUGGUGAAGUGGGAUGGGAUCAACAGGCUCUAUGUGACACUGUAUCCAGAGUAUAUUAACAGGGUGCGUGGUCUAUGUGGUACCUACGACCACAACCAGAACAAUGAUUUCAUGACGCCAGCUGGUGACAUCGAAACCAGCAUCGUUGCAUUUGCCAACAAAUUCGCUGUGGACCCUGAUUGCCAGGAGACAGAAUCCCCGCUCUCGCUCUCCCCCUGCAGCCUCAACUCCCACAUGGAGAGCUUUGCGGCCGAGAAAUGCGGGGUAAUGAACAGCGACGCCUUCAGGCCCUGCCACGGAAGCGUAAGCCCAGACAUGUACUACGACAUGUGCCUGUAUGAUGUCUGCGGCUGUGAUGCGGGGAGUACACUGGAGUGCCUUUGUGAGGUCAUUGCAGGGUACGCAACGGAUUGCGCCAACGAAGGGGUGUAUGUGGACUGGAGAGACCACCCCUCCAUAUCCGAGUACUGCAGUGUCCAGUGUGACGGUGGUCAGGUCUACCAGCAGUGUGGGCCGACCUGCGGUCAGACCUGUCGUGACCUCUCUGUGACCUGCAUGGAGACGGAGGAUUGCGUGGAAGGAUGCAACUGCCCUGGCAACACUGUCCUUGACGAUGAGGGUAACUGUAUCUCGCCGAUCAACUGUCCCUGCUACUAUCAAGAUCAGUCCUACCCUGCUGGAGCUCGCAUUGAACAGAUGUGUCAGGAUUGCUACUGCAUCAAUGGAUCCUUCCACUGCGAGGGUGAGAAGUGCAACGUGACCGACAUGUGUCCAGAGAACCAACUCUACGACACGCUGGCCCCAGGAUGCCCUGUGACCUGCGAGAGUGUUGCUCAUGGCUUUAGCUGUGGAGUAGAGGCGGGCCCCGGAUGCAUGUGCCCGGAAGGUUACCUGCUAGAUGGAGAUCUCUGUGUGCUGCCAUCUGAAUGCCCAUGUUACCAUGGAGAUAGACGAUAUGAACAUGGAGAAGUAGUUCACACUGACACGUGCAAUGAAUGUUACUGCAAUGGUUCUCAUUGGCAAUGCACAGAUCAUGAUUGCCCAGGCCUGUGCUCUGCUGUGGGUGAAGGGCACUACACCACGUUCGACGGCAAGAAGUAUACCUUCACCGGAGACUGCCGCUACACCCUUGCCCAAGACAUCAACGGGUCAUUCUCCAUCGAGGUGGAGAACAUCCAGUGUGGAUCCAGCGGCGUCACCUGCACCAGGGCCAUCGAGAUCAUCUUUGACGACGACUCCACGAUAUUUCUAGUGCGGGGAGGUGAGGUGACGGUGAAUGGAGUGCCGGUCUCACUGCCCAAGUACUACUCUGCGUGGAGCAUAGAGCGAUCAGGGUUCUUCUAUGUCAUCUUCGCGAACUUUGGACUGGAAGUCCUUUGGGACGGAGGUACCAGAAUCUACGUCUCAGUCACGCCAGACUUUGAGGGCCGUCUCUCCGGUCUGUGCGGAAACUUUGAUGGGGACCAGGAGAACGACUUCACAGCUCGCAACGGCGCGGUGGAGCACAGCAGUGAUAACUUUGCCAACAGCUGGAAGGUCAGCAGUGGAUGUCCAGAACUUUACAAAGAGGACCUGGUCCAUCCUUGCAGGGUGAACAGUCAUCGUGAAGCUUGGUCGCAGCGUCGAUGUAGCAUCAUCAACUCCAGAACAUUUGAGCCAUGCCACUCUGUGGUAGAUCCAGAGGCAUACCUUGCUAAUUGUAUCUAUGAUUCAUGCGGAUGUGACUUGGGUGGUGACUGUGAAUGUCUGUGUACAGCUAUUGCUGUGUAUGCCAUGGAAUGCUCAAGACAUGGAUUCGAUAUCAGAUGGAGAUCUCAGGAGUUAUGUCCUGUCCAGUGUAAUGCUGGUUUUGAGUACAACACUUGUGGAACGACAGCAGUUGAUACCUGUGCCUCUUUUGACCGAGAUCAGAUUGGCUUUGGAAACUGUGCUGAAGGAUGUCACUGUCCAAAUGGAUCCCUGUCUGAAGAUGGGGAUUGCAUUGCAAAGGUGGAAUGCCCAUGUCACCAAGAUGGAAUUGAAUAUGCAGCGGGAACUGUUACUUCUAUCAAUUGUCAAAACUGUACUUGCCAUGCUGGAACUAUGGAGUGUGUUGGAGAGCCUUGUGAGGAAACAUGUGGUCUCCUUGAAUUCAUGUGUGACAAUAAAGCGUGUGUACCUAUGGGCUGGUUAUGUGAUGGACUAGAUGAUUGUGGGGAUGGCACAGAUGAAACAGACUGCAGCUAUGAGUGUGACCCUGAUGAGUUUCAGUGUGCAAGCAGUGGUCUAUGCAUUGAUGGUGAUUUCUACUGUGAUGGGACUCAAGAUUGCACCGAUUCUUCAGAUGAAAUUGGAUGUGUUCUGACUUGUGGCCCAGAUGAAUUCAUGUGUGGAGAUGGCUUGUGUAUCCCUAAAUCUUUUGUGUGUGAUGGCGACUUUGACUGUAGCGAGGGUGAUGCUACUGAUGAGAAUGACUGUGUCACUCCCAGCCCGACCCCAUCUAAGAAUAUCACAUGUGGAUCUGACCAGUUCACCUGUGACAAUGGUCUAUGUGUGUCUGGUGGGAAUGACAGUGUAGUCUGUGAUGGAAUUAAUGACUGUGGAGACAUGUCUGAUGAGAGCUAUUGUGGCACAACACCUCACCCACAUCCCCAAACCACCAAACCAAGUUGCUCAGAGAAUCAGUGGCGAUGCCAAGAAGCUGCUGAUUGCAUCCUUUCCACACAAAGAUGUGAUGGAGUGUCGGACUGCCCAAAUGGAUCUGAUGAGUUUGGAUGUGUUCAACAGACGACCAUGCCCACCAAAACCACGACGAAGGCUACUUCAUCAACAGCCAUUGUUACCACACCAGCACCGACCACACCUGUUUUGACCACAAAAACGGUAACAACACCUGCAAUUACUUCACCAGCUGUGACUACAACGGAAGUAACAACAACGGCACUAACAACACAAGCGGUAACCACUCCAGCCGUUACUACGCAUGCAGUUACAACUCCUUCACCUACAACACCAGCAGUGACUACACCAGCUGUAACUACUCCUUCCUUGACAACAAUGGCAAUUACUACACUAGCUAUGACAACACCAGUGGUGACUACACCAGCUUUGACAACACCAGCUUUGACAACUCCAGAAGCAACAACACCUACAUUGACAACACAAGCAGUAACUACACCGGCUAUGACAACACCAGUUGUGACUACACCAGCAAUCACUACACCAGCAGAGACUACUCAAGCAGUGACUACUCCAGCAGUGACUACACCAGUAGUAACAACUAUGGCAGUAACAACUGCGGUAGUGACUACACCAGUUGUGACUACACCAGCUUUGACAACCCCAGCUGUGACUACACCAGCCAUGACGACACCAGCAUUGACUACAACAGCGGUAACCACUCCAGCCGUUGCUACACAUGCAGUUACAACUCCUUCACCUACAACACCAGCAGUGACUACACCAGCUGUAACUACUCCUUCCUUGACAACAAUGGCAAUUACUACACUAGCUAUGACAACACCAGUGGUGACUACACCAGCUUUGACAACACCAGCUUUGACAACUCCAGAAGCAACAACACCUACAUUGACAACACAAGCAGUAACUACACCGGCUAUGACAACACAAGCUGUGACUACACCAGCUUUGACAACACUAGCUGUGACUACACCAGCAAUAACUACACCCGUAGUAACUACACCACCAGUGACAACACCACCAGUAACAACUGCAGUAGUGACUACACCAGUUGUGACUACACCAGCUUUGACAACCCCAGCUGUGACUACACCAGCCAUGACGACACCAGCGUUGACUACAACAGCAGUAACCACUCCUGUGACAACACCAGCGAUUACUACACCAGCUGUGACUACACCAGCUUUGACAACACUAGCUGUAACUACACCAGCAAUAACUACACCAGUAGUAACCACACCGGCAGUGACUACUCCAGCAGUAACAUCUGUAGCAGUGACAACAUUACCUGUUACAUCACAAGCAGUAACUACACCUGCGGUAACAACUCCUUCAGUGACAACACCAGUAAUAACUACACCAGCUUUGACAACCCCAUUUGUGACCACACCAGCAAUGACUACACCAGCUGUGACUACUAAAGCAAUAACCACUUCAGCAGUGACAACUCCAGCAGUAACAACCCAAAAGGUAACUACACCAGUAGAAACCACACCAGCAGUGACAACACCAGCUGUGACAACACCAGUGGUAACUACUCCAGUUAUGACAACACCAGCUGCUACAACCCAAGAAGUUACAACACCAGCAGUUACCACACCAGCAGUGACAACUCCAUCAGUGACACCGCCAUCAGUGGUCACUGAAAUACUUGAAAAGGGUCACACAACAACUCUUCCACUAUAUACUAUGCCUGAAAUUACCACAUCUGAAGUAACUACACCAGCAGUAACAACACAUGCAAUCACUACACCAGCUGUGACUACACAAGCAUUAACCACUCCUUCAGUAACAACACCAGCAGUGACAUCACCAGUGGUAACUACGCCAGUUGUGACUACACCAGCAGUAACCACUCCUUCAGUGACAACGCCAGCAAUGACUACAACAGCAGUAACUACACCAGCUGUCCCAACAACAGUGGUAACCACACCAGCAGUGACAACACCAGCAAUUACCACACCAGUUGUGACUACACCAGCUGUGUCAAUCCCAGUUGUGACCACACAAGCAAUGACUACACCAGCAGUAACUACACCAGCUGUCCCAACAACAGUGGUAACCACACCAGCAGUGACAACUCCAGAGGUGACAACUCAAGCAGUGACAACACUUGCAGUAACAACACCAGCGGUAACAUCACCAGCUGUAUCUACUCCAGUUAUGACAACACCAGCAGUAACAACCCAAGAAGUUACAACACCAGCAGUUACCACACCAGCAGUGAAAACUCCAUCCGUGACAACGCCAUCAGUGACAACUGAAAUACUUGAAAAAGGUCACACAACAACUCUUCCAGUAUAUACUAUGACUGAAGGUACCACAUCUGAAGUAACUACACCAGCAGUGACAACACAUGCAAUUACUACACCAGCAGUCACUACCAAUGCUGUCACAACGCCAGAAGCUUAUUCAACUACAGCGUAUGAAACAACAAAAGAGGUCACAAUUCAUACAACCUCACAAACGCCAUCUCCCAGGAUUAUAACUGAUAUAGAAAGUACCUCUCUUGCAACUCCAACAAGUUACACUGUUACUACACCUUUUGUAGUUACUGAAACUACAUUGCAACCACCUACUGUAAGCACAAGUCCAAUGGCAACUUCUGCUUCUCAAUCGACUACAGAAGUGACAACAGUGUAUACCACUGAAAUGCAAACGACUGGAUACAUUACACCUUCAUCAUCACCUCAAGUUUAUUCAACUGAAUUUCAAACUACCCCAGCAGUGACAUCCUCUGCAGUUACAACUCCUUCACCUACAACACUAGUAGUAACGACACCAGCAGUAACUACCCUUGAAGUUACAACACCAGCAGUAACAACUGCAGUAGUGACUACACCAGUUGUGACUACACCAGCUUUGACAACCCAAGCUGUGACUACACCAGCUAUGACUACACCAGCGUUGACUACAACAGCAGUAACCACUCCUGUGACAACACAGGCGAUUACUUCACCAGCUGUGACUACACCAGCUUUGACAACACUAGCUGUGACUACUCGAGCAAUAACCACUUCAGCAGUGACAACUCCAGCAGUAACAACCCAAAAGGUAUCUACAACAGUAGAAACCACACCAGCUGUGACAACACCAGCAGUUACAUCUGUAGCAGUGACAACAUCUCCUGUGACAUCACAAGCAUUAACUACUCUUGCAGUAACCACUCCUUCAGUGACAACACCAGCUAUUACUACACCAGCUUUGACUACCCAAGAAGUGACAACUCCAGCAGUGACAACACCAUCAGUGACUACCCAAGAAGUGACAAAUCUAGCUAUUACUACACCAGCCUUGACUACCCAAGAAGUGACAACUCCAGUGAUUACUACACCAGCUGUGACUACCCAAGAAGUGACAACUCUAGCUAUUACUACACCACCCUUGACUACCCAAGAAGUGACAACUCCAGCGAUUACUACACCAGCAAUUACCACACCAGUUGUGACUACACCAGCUGUGUCAACCCCAGUUGUGACCACACAAGCAAUGACUACACCAGCAGUAACUACACCAGCUGUCCCAACAACAGCAGUAACCACACCAGCAGUGACAACUCCAGCGGUGACAACUCAAGCAGUGACAACACUUGCAGUAACAACACCAGCGGUAACAUCACCAGUGGUAACUACUCCAAUUAUGACAACACCAGCAGUAACAACACCAGCAGUUACCACACCAGCAGUGACAACUCCAUCCGUGACAACGCCAUCAGUGGUCACUGAAAUACUUGAAAAAGGUCACACAACAACUCUUCCAGUAUAUACUAUGCCUGAAGUUACCACAUCUGAAGUAACUACACCAGCAGUAACAACACAAGCAAUCACUACACCAGCUGUGACUACACAAGCAUUAACCACUCCUUCAGUAACAACACCAGCGGUGACAUCACCAGUGGUAACUACGCCAGUUGUUACUACACCAGCAGUAACCACUCCUUCAGUGACAACACCAGCAAUUACUACACCAGCAGUAACUACACCAGCUGUACCAACAACAGCGGUAACCACAUCAGCAGUGACAACUCCAGCAGUAACAACUCAAGCAGUGACAACACCAGCAAUUACUACACCAGUUGUGACUACACCAGCAGUAACCACUCCUUCAGUGACCACGCAAGCAAUGACUACACCAGCAGUAACAACACCAGCAGUUACCACACCAGCAGUGACAACUCCAUCAGUGACAACGCCAUCAGUGGUCACUGAAAUACUUGAAAAAGGUCACACAACAACUCUUCCAGUAUAUACUAUGCCUGAAGUUACCACAUCUGAAGUAACUACACCAGCAGUGACAACACAAGCUGUGACUACACAAGCAUUAACCACUCCUUCAGUAACAACACCAGCGGUGACAUCACCAGUGGUAACUACGCCAGUUGUGACUACACCAGCAGUAACCACUCCUUCAGUGACCACGCAAGCAAUGACUACACCAGCAGUAACUACACCAGCUGUCCCAACAACAGUGGUUACCACACCAGCAGUGACAACUCCAUCAGUGACAACGCCGUCAGUGACAACUGAAAUACUUGAAAAGGGUCACACAACAACUCUUCCAGUAUAUACUAUGACUGAAGGUACCACAUCUGAAGUAACUACACCAGCAGUGACAACACAUGCAAUUAGUACACCAGCAGUCACUACCAAUGCUGUCACAACACCAGAAGCUUAUUCCACUACAGCGUAUGAAACAACAAAAGAGGUCACAAUUCAUACAACCUCACAAACGCCAUCUCCCAGUAUUAUAACUGAAAUAGAAAGUACCUCUCUUGCAACUCCAACAAGUUACACAGUUACUACACCUUUCGUAGUUACUGAAACUACAUUGCAACCACCUACUGUAAACACAAGUCCAAUGGCAACUUCUGCUUCUCAAUCGACUUCAGAAGUGACAACAGUGUAUACCACUGAAAUGCAAACGACUGGAUACAUUACACCUUCAUCAUCACCUCAAGUUUAUUCAACUGAAUUUCAAACUACCCCAGCAGUGACAUCCUCUGCAGUUACAACUCCUUCACCUACAACACUAGUAGUAACGACACCAGCAGUAACUACCCUUGAAGUGACAACACCAGCAGUAACAACUGCGGUAGUGACUACACCAGUUGUGACUCCACCAGCUUUGACAACCCAAGCUGUGACUACACCAGCUAUGACUACAACAGCAGUAACCACUCCUGUAACAACACAGGCGAUUACUUCACCAGCUGUGACUACACCAGCUUUGACAACACUAGCUGUGACUACUCGAGCAAUAACCACUUCAGCAGUGACAACUCCAGCAGUAACAACCCAAAAGGUAUCUACAACAGUAGAAACCACACCAGCUGUGACAACACCAGCAGUUACAUCUGUAGCAGUGACAACAUCUCCUGUGACAUCACAAGCAUUAACUACUCUUGCAGUAACCACUCCUUCAGUGACAACACCAGCUAUUACUACACCAGCUUUGACUACCAAAGAAGUGACAACUCCAGCAGUGACAACACCAUCAGUGACUACCCAAGAAGUGACAAAUCUAGCUAUUACUACACCAGCCUUGACUACCCAAGAAGUGACAACUCCAGCGAUUACUACACCAGCUGUGACUACCCAAGAAGUGACAACUCUAGCUAUUACUACACCACCCUUGACUACCCAAGAAGUGACAACUCCAGCGAUUACUACACCAGCAAUUACCACACCAGUUGUGACUACACCAGCUGUGUCAACCCCAGUUGUGACCACACAAGCAAUGACUACACCAGCAGUAACUACACCAGCUGUCCCAACAACAGCAGUAACCACACCAGCAGUGACAACUCCAGCGGUGACAACUCAAGCAGUGACAACACUUGCAGUAACAACACCAGCGGUAACAUCACAAGUGGUAACUACUCCAAUUAUGACAACACCAGCAGUAACAACACCAGCAGUUACCACACCAGCAGUGACAACUCCAUCAGUGACAACGCCAUCAGUGGUCACUGAAAUACUUGAAAAAGGUCACACAACAACUCUUCCAGUAUAUACUAUGCCUGAAGUUACCACAUCUGAAGUAACUACACCAGCAGUAACAACACAAGCAAUCACUACACCAGCUGUGACUACACAAGCAUUAACCACUCCUUCAGUAACAACACCAGCGGUGACAUCACCAGUGGUAACUACGCCAGUUGUGACUACACCAGCAGUAACCACUCCUUCAGUGACAACACCAGCAAUUACUACACCAGCAGUAACUACACCAGCUGUCCCAACAACAGCGGUAACCACAUCAGCAGUGACAACUCCAGCAGUAACAACUCAAGCAGUGACAACACCAGCAAUUACUACACCAGUUGUGACUACACCAGCAGUAACCACUCCUUCAGUGACCACGCAAGCAAUGACUACACCAGCAGUAACAACACCAGCAGUUACCACACCAGCAGUGACAACUCCAUCAGUGACAACGCCAUCAGUGGUCACUGAAAUACUUGAAAAAGGUCACACAACAACUCUUCCAGUAUAUACUAUGCCUGAAGUUACCACAUCUGAAGUAACUACACCAGCAGUGACAACACAAGCAAUCACUACACCAGCUGUGACUACACAAGCAUUAACCACUCCUUCAGUAACAACACCAGCGGUGACAUCACCAGUGGUAACUACGCCAGUUGUGACUACACCAGCAGUAACCACUCCUUCAGUGACCACGCAAGCAAUGACUACACCAGCAGUAACUACACCAGCUGUCCCAACAACAGUGGUUACCACACCAGCAGUGACAACUCCAUCAGUGACAACGCCGUCAGUGACAACUGAAAUACUUGAAAAGGGUCACACAACAACUCUUCCAGUAUAUACUAUGACUGAAGGUACCACAUCUGAAGUAACUACACCAGCAGUGACAACACAUGCAAUUAGUACACCAGCAGUCACUACCAAUGCUGUCACAACACCAGAAGCUUAUUCCACUACAGCGUAUGAAACAACAAAAGAGGUCACAAUUCAUACAACCUCACAAACGCCAUCUCCCAGGAUUAUAACUGAAGUAGAAAGUACCUCUCUUGCAACUCCAACAAGUUACACAGUUACUACACCUUUUGUAGUUACUGAAACAACAUUGCAACCACCUACUGUAAACACAAGUCCAAUGGCAACUUCUGCUUCUCAAUCGACUUCAGAAGUGACAACAGUGUAUACCACUGAAAUGCAAACGACUGGAUACAUUACACCUUCAUCAUCACCUCAAGUUUAUUCAACUGAAUUUCAAACUACCCCAGCAGUGACAUCCUCUCCAGUUACAACUCCUUCACCUACAACACUAGUAGUAACGACACCAGCAGUAACUACCCUUGAAGUGACAACACCAGCAGUAACAACUGCGGUAGUGACUACACCAGUUGUGACUCCACCAGCUUUGACAACCCAAGCUGUGACUACACCAGCUAUGACUACACCAGCGUUGACUACAACAGCCGUAACCACUCCUGUAACAACACAGGCGAUUACUUCACCAGCUGUGACUACACCAGCUUUGACAACACUAGCUGUGACUACUCGAGCAAUAACCACUUCAGCAGUGACAACUCCAGCAGUAACAACCCAAAAGGUAACUACAACAGUAGAAACCACACCAGCUGUGACAACACCUGCAGUUACAUCUGUAGCAGUGACAACAUCUCCUGUGACAUCACAAGCAUUAACUACUCUUGCGGUAACCACUCCUUCAGUGACAACACCAGCUAUUACUACCCUAGCUUUGACUACCCAAGAAGUGACAACUCCAGCAAUUACUACACCAGCUGUGACUACCCAAGAAGUGACAACUCUAGCUAUUACUACACCACCCUCGACUACCCAAGAAGUGACAACUCCAGCGAUUACUACACCAGUAAUUACCACACCAGUUGUGACUACACCAGCUGUGUCAAUCCCAGUUGUGACCACACAAGCAAUGACUACACCAGCAGUAACUACACCAGCUGUCCCAACAACAGCAGUAACCACACCAGCAGUGACAACUCCAGCGGUGACAACUCAAGCAGUGACGACACUUGCAGUAACAACACCAGCGGUAACAUCACCAGUGGUAACUACUCCAAUUAUGACAACACCAGCAGUAACAACCCGAGAAGUUACAACACCAGCAGUUACCACACCAGCAGUGACAACUCCAUCAGUGACAACGCCAUCAGUGGUCACUGAAAUACUUGAAAAAGGUCACACAACAACUCUUCCAGUAUAUACUAUGCCUGAAGUUACCACAUCUGAAGUAACUACACCAGCAGUGACAACACAUGCAAUUACUACACCAGCAGUCACUACCAAUGCUGUCACAACGCCAGAAGCUUAUUCAACUACAGCGUAUGAAACAACAAAAGAGGUCACAAUUCAUACCACCUCACAAACACCAUCUCCCAGGAUUAUAACUGAAAUAGAAAGUACCUCUCUUGCAACUCCGACAAGUUACACAGUUACUACACCUUUUGUAGUUACUGAAACUACAUUGCAACCACCUACUGUAAGCACAAGUCCAAUGGCAACUUCUGCUUCUCAAUCGACUUCAGAAGUGACAACAGUGUAUACCACUAAAAUGCAAACGACUGGAUACAUUACACCUUCAUCAUCACCUGAAGUUUAUUCAACUGAAGUUCAAACGACACCAGCAGUAACUACUCUUUCAGUAACAACACCAGCAGUAACAACUGCGGUAGUGACUACACCAGUUGUGACUACACCAGCUUUGACAACCCAAGCUGUGACUACACCAGCUAUGACUACACCAGCAUUGACUACAACAGCAGUAACCACUCCUGUGACGACACAAGCGAUUACUACACCAGCUGUGACUACACCAGCUUUGACAACACUAGCUGUGACUACUCGAGCAAUAACCACACCAGCUGUGACAACACCAGCAGUUACUUCUGUAGCAGUGACAACAUCACCUGUGACAUCACAAGCAUUAACUACUCUUGCGGUAACCACUCCUUCAGUGACAACACCAGCUAUUACUACACCAGCUUUGACUACCCAAGAAGUGACAACUCCAUUAAUUACUACACCAGCUGUGACUACCCAAGAAGUGACAACUCUAGCUAUUACUACACCAGCCUUGACUACCCAAGAAGUGACAACUCCAGCGAUUACUACACCAGCAAUUACUACACCAGUUGUGACUACACCAGCUGUGUCAACCCCAGUUGUGACCACACAAGCAGUGACUACUCCAGCAGUAACUACACCAGCUGUCCCAACAACAGCGGUAACCACACCAGCAGUGACAACUCCAGCGGUGACAACUCAAGCAGUGAUGACACUUGCAGUAACAACACCAGCGGUAACAUCACCAGUGGUAACUACUCCAAUUAUGACAACACCAGCAGUAACAACCCGAGAAGUUACAACACCAGCAGUUACCACACCAGCAGUGACAACUCCAUCAGUGACAACGCCAUCAGUGGUCACUGAAAUACUUGAAAAAGGUCACACAACAACUCUUCCAGUAUAUACUAUGCCUGAAGUUACCACAUCUGAAGUAACUACACCAGCAGUGACAACACAUGCAAUUACUACACCAGCAGUCACUACCAAUGCUGUCACAACGCCAGAAGCUUAUUCAACUACAGCGUAUGAAACAACAAAAGAGGUCACAAUUCAUACCACCUCACAAACACCAUCUCCCAGGAUUAUAACUGAAAUAGAAAGUACCUCUCUUGCAACUCCAACAAGUUACACAGUUACUACACCUUUUGUAGUUACUGAAACUACAUUGCAACCACCUACUGUAAGCACAAGUCCAAUGGCAACUUCUGCUUCUCAAUCGACUUCAGAAGUGACAACAGUGUAUACCACUAAAAUGCAAACGACUGGAUACAUUACACCUUCAUCAUCACCUGAAGUUUAUUCAACUGAAGUUCAAACGACACCAGCAGUAACUACUCUUUCAGUAACAACACCAGCAGUAACAACUGCGGUAGUGACUACACCAGUUGUGACUACACCAGCUUUGACAACCCAAGCUGUGACUACACCAGCUAUGACUACACCAGCAUUGACUACAACAGCAGUAACCACUCCUGUGACGACACAAGCGAUUACUACACCAGCUGUGACUACACCAGCUAUGACAACACUAGCUGUGACUACUCGAGCAAUAACCACACCAGCUGUGACAACACCAGCAGUUACUUCUGUAGCAGUGACAACAUCACCUGUGACAUCACAAGCAUUAACUACUCUUGCGGUAACCACUCCUUCAGUGACAACACCAGCUAUUACUACACCAGCUUUGACUACCCAAGAAGUGACAACUCCAUUAAUUACUACACCAGCUGUGACUACCCAAGAAGUGACAACUCUAGCUAUUACUACACCAGCCUUGACUACCCAAGAAGUGACAACUCCAGCGAUUACUACACCAGCAAUUACUACACCAGUUGUGACUACACCAGCUGUGUCAACCCCAGUUGUGACCACACAAGCAGUGACUACUCCAGCAGUAACUACACCAGCUGUCCCAACAACAGCGGUAACCACACCAGCAGUGACAACUCCAGCGGUGACAACUCAAGCAGUGACAACACUUGCAGUAACAACACCAGCGGUAACAUCACCAGUGGUAACUACUCCAAUUAUGACAACACCAGCAGUAACAACAACAGCGGUAACCACACCAGCAGUGACAACUCCAGCGGUGACAACUCAAGCAGUGACAACACUUGCAGUAACAACACCAGCGGUAACAUCACCAGUGGUAACUACUCCAAUUAUGACAACACCAGCAGUAACAACCCAAGAAGUUACAACACCAGCAGUUACCACACCAGCAGUGACAACUCCAUCAGUGACAACGCCAUCAGUGGUCACUGAAAUACUUGAAAAAGGUCACACAACAACUCUUCCAGUAUAUACUAUUCCUGAAGUUACCACAUCUGAAGUAACUACACCAGCAGUGACAACACAUGCAAUUAGUACACCAGCAGUCACUACCAAUGCUGUCACAACGCCAGAAGCUUAUUCAACUACAGCGUAUGAAACAACAAAAGAGGUCACAAUUCAUACAACCUCACAAACACCAUCUCCCAGGAUUAUAACUGAAAUAGAAAGUACGUCUCUUGCAACUCCAACAAGUUACACAGUUACUACACCUUUUGUAGUUACUGAAACUACAUUGCAACCACCUACUGUAACCACAAGUCCAAUGGCAACUUCUGCUUCUCAAUCGACUUCAGAAGUGACAACAGUGUAUACAACUGAAAUGCAAACGACUGGAUACAUUACACCUUCAUCAUCACCUCAAGUUUAUUCAACUGAAGUUCAAACUACCCCAGCAGUGACAUCCUCUGCAGUUACAACUCCUUCACCUACAACACUAGUAGUAACAACACCAGCAGUAACUACUCUUUCAGUGACAACGCCAGCAAUUACUACACCGGCUGUGACUACACCAGCUGUGACUACACAAGCAUUAACCACUCCAACAGUGACAACACCAGCAUUUACUACAACAGCAGUGACAACUCCAGCAGUGACAACUCAAGCAGUGACUACACUUGCAGUAACAACACCAGUAAUUACUACACCGGCUGUGACUACACCAGCUGUGACUACACCAGCUGUGACUACACAAGCAUUAACCACUCCAGCAGUGACAACACCAGCAGUUACCACAACAGCAGUGACAACUCCAGCAGUGACAACUCAAGCAGGGACUACACUUGCAGUAACAACGCCAGCAAUUACUACACUGGCUGUGACUACACCAGCUGUGACUACACAAGCAUUAACCACUCCAGCAGUAACAACCCAAGAAGUUACAACACCAGCAGUUACCACACCAGCAGUGACAACUCCAGCAGUGACAACUCAAGCAGUGACAACACUUGCAGUAACAACACCAGCAUUGACAACACUUGCAGUAACUACACCAGCGUUGACAACACCAGUGGUAACUACACCAGUUAUGACAACACCAGCAGUAACAACCCAAGAAGUUACAACACCAUCAGUUACCACACCAGCAGUGACAACUCAAGCAGUGACUACACCUGCAGUAACAACACCAGCAAUUACUACACCGGCUGUGAUUACACCAGCUGUGACUACACAAGCAUUAACCACUCCAGCAGUAACAACCCAGGAAGUUACAAAACCAGUUGUAACUACUCCAAUUAUGACAACACCAGUUGUAACUACUCCAAUUAUGACAACACCAGCAGUAACAACCAAAGAAGUUACAACACCAGCAGUUACCACACCAGCAGUGACAACUCCAGCAGUGACAACGCCAUCAGUGGUCACUGAAAUACUUGAAAAGGGUCACACAACAACUCUUCCAGUUUAUACUAUGCCUGAAGUUACCACAUCUGAAGUAACUACACCAGCAGUGACAACACAUGCAAUUACUACACCUGCAGUCACUACCAAUGCUGUCACAACGCCAGAAGCUUAUUCCACUACAGCGUAUGAAACAACAAAAGAGAUCACAAUUCAUACAACCUCACAAACACCAUCUCCCAGGAUUAUAACUGAAAUAGAAAGUACCUCUCUUGCAACUCCAACAAGUUACACUGUUACUACACCUUUUGUAGUUACUGAAACUACAUUGCAACCACCUACUGUAAGCACAAGUCCAAUGGCAACUUCUGCUUCUCAAUCGACUACAGAAGUGACAACAGUGUAUACCACUGAAAUGCAAACGACUGGAUACAUUACACCUUCAUCAUCACCUCAAGUUUAUUCAACUGAAGUUCAAACUACCCCAGCAGUGACAUCCUCUGCAGUUACAACACCAGCAGUAACAACUGCGGUAGUGACUACACCAGUUGUGACUACACCAGCUUUGACAACCCCAGCUGUGACUACACAAGCUAUGACUACACCAGCCAUGACUACACCAGCGUUGACUACAACAGCAGUAACCACUCCUGUGACGACACAGGCGAUUACUACACCAGCUGUUACUACUCCAGGGGUAACCACUCCUUCAGUAACAACACCAGCAGUGACUUCACCAGAAGUUACCACACCAGCAGUCGUCACAGAAAUACUUGAAAAAGGUCAUACAACGACACUUCCAGUUUAUACCGUACCUGAGUUAUCCACUCCUGAAGUGACUACUCCAGCAGUAACAACCCCAUCAGUGACAACCCCAUCAGUGACAACACCAGCUGUGACUACAAAAGCAGUAACAACACCAGCUUUGACAACAAUGGCAAUAACUACACCAGCAGUGACUACUCCAGCACGUACCACUCCUUCAGUGACAACUCCAGCAGUGACUACAAAAGCUGCGACAACACAAACAGUAACAACUGCAGCAGUAACGACACCAGAAGUUACUACACCAGAGGUAACCACUCUUGCAGUGACAACGCCAGCUGUGACUACACCAGCUGUGACUACACCAGCAGUGACUACCCCAUCAAAGUCAAUAACCACAACUGAAAUUAUAACAUCAACAGGAACGAUGCCUACAACCUGUCAAGUUGGCCAGUUUCAGUGUGAUAAUGGCAAAUGUGUCCUUAGCGGUCCUGAUAGUCAACUCUGCAAUGGCUUCAAUGACUGUGGAGAUUAUUCUGAUGAAAGGGGAUGUGUUGUGACGACUACACCUUCAAUCGUUUCAACAUCACCUACAAGGUCCGCAACAACAACACAAGGCGUGUAUUCAACUUUGCCGACGACAAUGCCAUCAAUCCCUACAACUGAAGUCACCACCACAAUGUAUUCUACAACAUUCAGCCAGAAUGCUACGACCGUCUUGUAUACCACAAGUACUACCACGAAACCAACAACAGAGUUGACGAUGACCAGUAGUGAGGCAACUACCACAGUUGCUUCCAACUGCCAUGAGCCACUGGGACUCGAGAGCGGCACCAUAGAGCUGGAAAACAUCAAUGCCACAUCUGUGCAGGAAAGCAGCUCUUUGGACAGCAUCCGUCUGAACAGUGGACCAAACACAGAUGGCUAUGUGGGUUGGUCACCAGAUCCCGCUGACACCACGCCAUUUGUGACCUUUGACCUCGAGCAGAUAAAGCAGGUGUCAGGGGUCAUUCUUCAGGGUGGUGGACGUGAGGGAGAUGAAUUUGUGACAACCUUUGCAGUGGCUUUCAGCCUAGAUGAGAGUAACUUUCUGAAUGUCACAGCACCAAGUGGACAAAUUAUGAUAUUCCAUGGUAGUUCUGAUGCUGAUACUGAGAAUGAGAUACUGUUCCCAGUGAGUCUUCUGGGGCGUUACAUCCGCAUCUAUCCUGUGGAGUAUAACAGUCGUCCCACCAUGAGGCUGGAGCUCAUUGGAUGUGAUCUAGAAGGCCCCACCCCAACAGUUCCAAUUGUCACCACACGCCAGUGCUUCAACGAUGAGUUUACUUGUAAUGAUGGAGCCUGUGUGUCAGGAGAUAAGGUCUGCCAAGGAACCUGUGACUGUGCUGACUGUUCAGAUGAGGCCAUGUGUGGUAGUACCACAACAUUGUCCUACACUACUGUGGAGCUAACAUCCGCGUAUACGACAGAAGAAACUACAACAGGACCAAGCUGUUCCUGGAACCCAUGGAGUGACUGGUCUACAUGUACAGUGACAUGUGGUGUUGGGACCAAGUACAGGGACAGGACCUCUGCAAACAGCUAUUGUGGGAAUGAGGUUUCAGACUCUCAUCAAGUAGAGUACUGCAAUACGUAUGCUUGUCCAACAAAUGGAAACUGGUCCCCUUGGAAUGAAUGGACAACAUGUGAUAAGACUUGUAAUGGAGGCACCUCGUUCCGCUAUCGAAAUUGUUCUAACCCUGCCCCCAAGAACGGCGGUGCACCAUGUGUGGGGGAGGUCAUCCAGACGACUGUCUGCAACCCGCAGGAAUGUGAAACAAAAUGCGAAGGAGGGCGUAUCUACACCACCUGUGCCAAUAGAUGUCCUUCCAGCUGUGCAGACCUCCAGGUUGGACUGGUCUGCGUGGAGGAGGAGGGAUGCGUUGCCGGGUGUCACUGCCCUAACGGCACGCUGGAGCAGGGAGGAGUGUGUGUACCGCAGGAGCAGUGUGAUUGUCUAGAUGAGUACGGGGACUCUUAUCCCCCUGGUUCAAGCUUCACUGAAGACUGCAGGAAUUGCUCAUGUGUAAAUGGAGUGGUGACUUGCAAUGAGGAGGCUUGCCCUGUGAACUGCAGCUGGAGUAGCUGGUCUAGCUGGACUGGAUGUUCUGCUACAUGUGGUGACGGGACCAAGACCAGGUUUAGGUCUCCUAACAACCCUCCAGCUCAGCAUGGAGGUGCAGAAUGUGAAGGGGUUGCAUCAGAGGAAGUGACAUGUGACCUUGACUCCUGCCCUACCAACUGCACUGUGGGUGGAACCACCUAUGAUAAUGGUGCUCUGGUAUCACAAGACCUCUGUAAUAAUUGCACCUGUAAGGAUGGAACAGUCGUGUGCACCAACAACACCUGUGACGGGAACUGGUCUCAGUGGUCACCCUGGUCCUCAUGCAAUGCGACGUGUGGUGAUGGCAUAACGGUGAGGACGCGGUCCUGCUCCAUGCCCGCCCCUAGCAACGGAGGACAAGGAUGCGAGGGUGAUGCCUUGGAGAUGGAGGGUUGUAAUACAGACCCAUGUCCAACUGAUGGUGAAUGGUGCGAGUGGAAGCCGUGGAGUGACUGUACAGAGCUCUGUGCUGGAGGGUAUCAUAACAGAAGCAGAGUCUGUGGCUGUCCAGAGCCCCAGGAUGGGGGAGAGGAAUGCCAGGGGCCUGGUGCAGAGACUACUGCUUGCAAUGUACACCCCUGCCCAGUGGACUGUGUACUCAGUGAAUGGACAGAGUGGACUAACUGCAGCGCCCUCUGUGAUGGAGGUACUACCAGGCGCCAUCGUAACAUCACCGUGCCUGCUGCCUAUGGAGGCACUCCAUGCAAUGGAUCACUUCUGGAAUCUAGGGGCUGUAACAUGGAGCCUUGUGGACCUGUAUGUGAGGGUGAGCUGGUUGCUAGUGACUGUGCUAAUAGGUGCCCUCUUACCUGCGCUGAUAUCCAGUCUGGAACAGACUGCCUCCUGGAGAACUGUACUGCAGGAUGCGCUUGUCCUGGCAAUCAGGUCCUUCAAGAUGGCCACUGUGUGGCCCAGAGUGACUGCCGCUGUCUCCUGGAUGCCUCUCAUACCGGUAACCUGGCUGAUGUCUCACUUCCCGAUGGAUCCAUUAUCUCCAUCAGUCUAGAUGGGAUGGUAGAGUACCCUUCAGGAGCAUUGGUUACCAUGGAGUGCAAUAACUGCACUUGCCAAGGUGGAUCCUUUGUUUGCACAGAAGUGGAUUGUGCAGUGGACUGCGGUUGGAGCGAGUGGUCUGAUUGGUCGGAGUGUCCUCAAACAUGUGGUCAUGUGACCAACGGCAUCUACAGGCAACGUACCCCUGACAACCCAUCCGCUGCGUACGGAGGAGCAGAGUGUGACGGCCAGGACAUAGAGUUUGCUGACUGUAAUUCAGGAAGUUGCCCCUGUGGGGAGAACGAGGUAUGGUCCACCCAGGUGUCUAACUGCAGCAUGGUGAGCUGUUCAGACUUGAGUAACGCCGCUGCUUUCCAGCUCAACUCCAGCUGCUCGUCACCGCCGUCCCAAGAUGAAGAAACCUGCAUCUGCGAGCCGGGCUUCUAUCGUAACCAUGACGAUGAGUGUGUUCUCCCAUCCUCCUGUCAAUGCGUGGAUGAUGAGGGGGUGACGCGGGGCGCAGGCGAGGUCUGGCAGAGGGGGCAGUGCGAGACGUGCCUGUGUGAGAACGGAGCUGUGGUCUGCAAGACGGAAUGCGAGCCGGUUGAAUGCGAGGAGGGAUUUAUCGCUGUUAUGGAAGACGGUGCUUGCUGUCCAGUUUGCAGAGCAGUUUCUGAACCCAACCAGUGCAGAACCAAACACCAAGCGCAGAACUUCACCCUCGACGGCUGCAUCGCAACAGACAUUCCUGUGACCACCUGUGAUGGCUAUUGCCCAUCCAAAUGCAACACCCUUCUAAACCAACUCUUCAUCGACCAGACAUGUAACUGUUGUCGCGGUGUUCUCGGCGACACGGUCAGGGAGAUAGAGCUCGUCUGUCCAGAUGGUAGCACGGUCAUCGGCUAUCUGCCGGUCAUUGAGAGGUGUGAGUGCCAGGCCACGGACUGUGCAGCCGUAGGCCGAUAAAUGCCUUCCUUGAUGAAUAGAUACCGACUACACAUGUCUUCGAUAGGUGCUUUUCAGGGUUAGGGUUAGGCUUUUCAGGGUAAUUCUAACUCCAACGACAUGUGCUCUGGUGACAAUUGCUCCAUUUAAAUUUUAGAGACUAAUUCAAUCCCCAACUUUGACCCCGGACCAAACAGUAUGCUUUAUAUCCUUUACCCUAAACCUACAUGUAACCUAAAGCCCAAUGGCAACAGAAACCAUUUUGAUCUGGGUAAAUGAUAUAUUUGAGAAGCAUCUAUCGAGAUAUGUUGUACAUGAACUCGACCAACAGCCAUUUGAUUAGAAAGAUUUUGAAAUGUAGGGAAAGCCUUUUCCAAGAUAUAAUUGAUUAAUCCAAAUAAUGCAUUUUUUUCAUCCAACAAAUGAUAAAAACAAAAUGUAAACAAUUGAUUUACAUGUAUACAUUGGUAUAUGAUUUGAUGAGGUUUGAAACAUUUAUGUAAUAUAUUUAUGUAGUUCAUUCAAUAUCAUGCCAUACAAUGUGUAUUUUGGAAUCUCUUUCAGAUACAUCUAUUUGUGAAUAAAGAACAAUUGACAUUGCAAUUA